AACAGAUCCCAAGCGAAGAAACAGAGCAAAACAGAGCACAUUUUUGCUUAGAGCUUCUACUAUUUCCUUCUUCACUCCUAAAACCUCUUUAGGAGUGAGUCUAGAAGGAAAAAAAAAAAAACCAAUUUCAAUUAUGAAGAGUUUUUUGCACCAUUGUUCUAUUUUUCUUUCACUCUACAUCAUUUUUUCUUCUUCUUGUAGAGCUUUUGAUUAUUCAGAUGCUCUUCAAAAAAGUCUUCUUUACUUUGAAGCUCAAAGGUCCGGUCGUUUACCUUAUAACCAACGUGUCAAUUGGCGCGACCAUUCUGGUUUAACUGAUGGCUUAGAACAAGGGGUGGAUUUGGUUGGAGGGUACUAUGAUGCUGGUGACCAUGUAAAAUUUGGCUUACCAAUGGCAUUCACAGUGACAAUGUUGUCAUGGAGUGUGAUUGAAUAUGGUGAAGAGAUUUCUUAUGUAGGUGAAAUGGAACAUGCUUUUGAAGCUAUCAAAUGGGGUACUGAUUACUUCAUCAAAGCACACACUAGUCCAAAUGUGUUAUGGGCAGAGGUGGGAGAUGGAGACACUGAUCAUUACUGUUGGCAACGGCCGGAGGACAUGACGACUUCUCGUCGAGCAUUCAAGAUCGACGAGAACAACCCCGGCUCUGACUUAGCCGGGGAGACGGCUGCUGCGAUGGCGGCCGCGUCGAUUGUGUUUAGGAAAAAUAAUCCACAUUAUUCUCACUUAUUAUUGCAUCAUGCCCAACAGUUAUUUGAGUUUGGUGAAAAAUACAGAGGGAAAUAUGAUGAAAGUGUGGGAGUAGUGAAGAACUAUUAUGCAUCAGUAAGUGGGUACGAAGAUGAGUUGUUGUGGGCAGCAUUUUGGUUAUACAAAGCCACCGACAAGGAAGAGUAUUUGGAGUAUGUAAUUAACAAGGCUAAUUCUUUUGGGGGUAUUGGUUGGGCUAUUACUGAGUUCAGUUGGGAUGUUAAAUUUGCUGGUCUACAAAUUAUUGCCUCCAAGCUACUGCAAGAGGAAAAGCACAAGAAACACAGCCACAUACUUGAACAGUAUCGAUCAAAAGCUGAACACUACAUAUGUUCAUGUCUCAACAAAAACAACGGUAGCACCAACGUCGAACGUACCCCAGCCGGCUUAUUAUAUGUCCGGCAAUGGAACAACAUGCAGUACGUAUCGACGGCGGCUUUCUUACUCACAGUUUACUCAGAUUUCCUUCAAAAAUCCAACCAAAAAAUAACCUGCCAUGGAGGAAUAGUUGAUCAUGAAGACCUCUUCAAUUUUGCCAAAUCCCAAGUGGACUACAUUUUGGGCUCAAAUCCAAGAAACAUGAGUUAUCUUGCGGGGUUUGGCCCAAAUUACCCAAAAAGAGUACACCAUAGAGGGGCCUCCAUUGUGUCCUAUAGAGAAAACAAGGGCUUUAUUGGAUGUACCCAAGGGUAUGAUUAUUGGUACAGCAAAAAUGGGCCAAACCCAAAUGUUCUAAUUGGGGCAAUUGUUGGUGGGCCUGAUAAACAAGAUGAUUUUGAUGAUGAUAGAGCAAAUUAUGUGCAAACAGAGGCGUGUACAUAUAAUACAGCACCUCUUGUUGGAAUUUUUGCAAAGUUGAAUUUCUUGAAUAAUCCACCAUUAAUUGCAUCUUUCUAAAAACAAGUAUUACACCCAAUGUUAUAUUCAUAGAAUAUGUUUACUAUAAUCUUUUUUGUAUUUCUCUUUUUUGGGUUUUUCUUAUGGUGGCUAAAUUUGGCACAGCCCCGUGACACCUUGUGUACCCCAAUUGUGUAUAUUUAAUAAUGCAAGUAAUCAACUUAUGUAUUAAAUCUA